AUGCUUCCUUCUUCGAUCGUCACUAGUAAAUAAAUUCGGAUAACAGUGUUAGGGUUUGUUUUGUUGGCGCCACCGUCCGUCUUCAUUUUUUCUUCUAAACAGCUACGUCGUCGCCGACAUUUCUUUUCGAAUAGUUGGCUAUCAACGGUCCUUUUAAGUUAUUUAUGUUUCUUCUAUUCCGUAUUUUACUGUUAAUCCGACUUUUAAUCUUAUGUUUUCCGGUGGCAUCGAUGAUGAAACAAUCUAUUUUGUUAUCCUUGCACUUUGAUUUACAGUGAAGAAAAUCAUGGGGAAUAUUGUUCCUGAGAUGCAUUUGUUGUUUAGAAGAGUCAGUAGCUUCGAUUGCGUAGAUUAGGCAUUGCUUUUUUUUUUUUUUUUUUUUUUUUUUUUUUUAAUCUGGAUCGAUGAUGCGAUUUCAAAUCUGCGUUAUCUAUCUGCAAUUUCCUUUUAGGAAUUGAAGAUAACUGAUCAUCUCUGAGAUCUGUUUAUCUUACGCGAUUGUUUGCUUCAUUUUCUGUAGUUGGGGUUGGGCUGUUUGAACUGUCUCCCUUCUGAGUUUCAUUGCAUCUCAGAGAUCUGGGCAUUUUUGUUCCUUUGGUUUAUUUUUUAUGUGUGUUUGUUUACUAAAGCAAACCCUGGAUCCGUGAUGUUAAUGGAAAUCUGCGUUAUCUAUCUGUAAGUUCCUAUAUGGAGUUGAUGAUACCAUGAUUUCUGAGAUCCAAACUUGUAUUGUUUUGUUGUAUAGUUUUAGGUGAAUGAGUUUCAUUUUAAAACAUCUUUUUUCAUAUCUAUGUCGGUUGGUGACUCUGGUGGGUACUGUGGCCAAUUGUGAUUGAACAUAAUUUUUCUUUUUGGCCACAACCUUGUCCCUCCACUAGGUUGAGUUAGACGACCUCACACUCUUAAUACUUGGUUAGUUUAAAGAUGAAAUUUAUGUCGGUGUAUAAAAAAAUAUAAACUAGUAUCGGAUCAAGAAUGGUUAUCUAAUGACCAACGGCUCCACAUCCACCAUUGUCAAGAGAUAGGUUAUUUGUAGAUGCUUGUGUUAUUUUGUGGCCGAUGGGUUUUGGUGCCAUUUUGAAGCUGGCUAUGGUUUUUAUUGCUUCCCGGGUUUGUGAUUGAAUAUUCAAAAGAAACGUUUUACUUAUCAGUUUUAUUUUUGUUCCUACUUGAUUCUUGGUGCCAAUGUAUGUACUUUGGGUUUCUUUUCCCUUUUCCAUUUUCUUCCGUUUGAGGGUUUGCUAUUUGAUUUUGUCGGUAUGACAUUGACAUCGAUCACCUAUGAUGCGAGGCCAAUAUAGGAAGGAGGCAGGGUUUUGUGUUUUUGUUAAAUCAAGGCUUAGAUAAGCUUUUUGAAAAUUGUUUAUUAGGUUGGUUACCUUUCAUGUAUUAUUAUUGUAAACAAAUGAGGAAUUUUUUUACUUAAUCAAGGAAGAAACAAUAGGUUAUGUAUGUAUUUACAAGCGAUUCCAACACCCUCGGGAAGUGAAGAUAUUUCUUCCCCUCAGUUCGUAGCUUUUGUAAGCCAAGUGGAAACAAAUCUGAAGACCAAUCAAGCUUUAGAUCUUACAAUCCUAAGUAUAUAAUUUGUUAUUAUAAUUACUUUAUAGUCUUCCAACCUUUGAUUUUGGUCACCUUAUAAUUCACAAAUAGUUAUCAACGGAGCUCAUGUGUAUCAUUUAAUUUGAGCUUGAUAAUAGAAAACAAUAUUUUGUUCAUGUCGUAUGCAUUUAGAAGUUCAAGAUAAUUUAGUACUAUAGUUAUAACAUUACUUUAUAAACUAUGGACUUGUAUCGGGCAUGAAUCUGCUAAUAAAAUAUAAUUUAUGAAGGUCUAAUGCUUCUUAUAUAUAUAAAUAUAUAUCAAAUGUAACAAAUCAAUAUUACAACUCAAUGCACCCACUUAUGUUUUUUUUUUUUUUUUUCUUUUUGCCCUUUUUCAUCCCUUACAUCAACAAAUUCUUGGAUUAAUAAAAGAAAAGAAAAAAAGAAAAAGAAAGAAUCUGGAAGCAGAUCUACCGUUCAACUAUGUUACCAUAAAAGUAAUUUGCUUAAAAAUAGUUUUAUGACAGAUCGAGAUUUGUUAAAAAGUGUUGAAGGAAUCGUUUGGUUGUGCGGUCACAAUUAAUGAAUUAACACAUCACAGAUAUAUUGUUAAAUUGUUAAAUUCAUAAAAAUAAAGAAAACAUAUUUUCCAACCUAAAAAAAAAUCAAAAUCAAAAUCAAAUACAAAAGAGAAAGAGAAAGAGAAAGAGAAAGAGAAAGAGGAGGGAGAAAACGUCAAAAGAAAAAAUGAAUGGUGUGGGGCUACGAGCAACAGCGGGGCGCGGCCUUUAAAAUAUUACCAAAUUUUGUCCGUCAAAUUCUCAAAAAUUAUAAAUAUAAUUUUGGUAUUGGUGGAGUCCAGCUGUUUCCAGAUAUUUUUAUUUUCAAAAUUUGAAGGCAAACCCCAACGGCAGACCGUUACUUUUACCAAACGCCGUUGAUGCAUGUGGCUUCCUCUUUCUUCACUAAUUCUUUUUUGUUUCUUUGCAUUAACCCUAACUUCUUUCCCGCUCAUUUCUUUCAAAUUCCCCUAAUUAUAAUUUUAACCGUUAUUUCCUUUUAUUUCUAUAAAGAUCCCUCCGUCCCCACUUUUCUCUUUAACUCUUCAUUUCUCCCCUUUUCCCUCUCUCUACCUCCCUUCCUCUCUCUCUCUCUCUCUCUCUCUCUCUCUCUCUCUCUCUCUCUCUAGGGUUUCCUUCAACUUUUUUUCUGUUUUCUCUCUCGUUUUCAGUUUCGAUUUCAAUUUCACUUCCCAUUUCUUGUAAAGAUGCGUGAGAUUCUUCACAUCCAAGGUGGACAAUGUGGCAACCAGAUCGGUGCCAAGUUCUGGGAAGUGGUUUGUGCUGAGCAUGGAAUCGAUCCCAUCGGUAAGUACACUGGUGAUUCCGAUCUUCAACUUGACCGGAUUAAUGUAUAUUACAAUGAAGCCAGUUGCGGUCGAUUUGUUCCUCGUGCUGUGCUUAUGGAUCUUGAGCCUGGUGUUAUGGACAGUAUCAGAUCUGGACCUUACGGUCAGGUUUUCAGACCUGAUAACUUUGUUUUUGGUCAGUCUGGUGCUGGAAACAACUGGGCUAAAGGUCAUUACACCGAAGGUGCCGAGCUUAUUGAUUCUGUUCUUGAUGUUGUUCGUAAGGAGGCUGAAAACUGUGACUGCUUGCAAGGGUUUCAGGUGUGCCAUUCUUUGGGAGGAGGUACUGGAUCUGGAAUGGGAACUCUGCUGAUUUCCAAGAUCAGAGAAGAGUACCCUGAUAGAAUGAUGCUCACGUUCUCCGUUUUCCCAUCUCCUAAAGUUUCUGAUACUGUUGUUGAGCCUUACAACGCAACUCUCUCCGUUCAUCAAUUGGUUGAAAACGCCGACGAGUGUAUGGUACUUGAUAACGAGGCUCUCUACGAUAUUUGCUUCCGGACCUUGAAGCUCUCCACUCCAAGCUUCGGUGAUCUGAACCAUCUGAUUUCUGCGACUAUGUCCGGUGUGACCUGCUGUUUGCGAUUCCCGGGACAGCUCAACUCAGAUCUUAGGAAGCUUGCCGUCAAUCUUAUCCCAUUCCCGCGUCUCCACUUUUUCAUGGUGGGUUUUGCUCCACUCACUUCCCGUGGAUCUCAGCAAUACAGAGCUCUUACAGUACCUGAGCUCACUCAGCAAAUGUGGGAUGCUAAGAACAUGAUGUGUGCUGCUGAUCCCCGACAUGGUCGAUAUCUUACUGCCUCUGCUAUGUUUAGGGGUAAGAUGAGCACCAAGGAAGUUGAUGAACAGAUGAUCAAUGUUCAAAACAAGAACUCUUCAUACUUUGUAGAAUGGAUCCCCAACAACGUGAAAUCUACAGUCUGUGACAUUCCUCCAACUGGGUUGAAAAUGGCCUCGACUUUCCUUGGGAACUCAACAUCGAUCCAAGAGAUGUUUCGCCGUGUUAGUGAGCAGUUUACUGCUAUGUUUAGGAGGAAGGCUUUCUUGCAUUGGUACACAGGGGAGGGUAUGGAUGAGAUGGAGUUCACUGAGGCUGAAAGCAAUAUGAAUGAUUUGGUUUCUGAGUAUCAGCAGUAUCAAGACGCUACGGCUGAAGAUGAUGAAUACUACGAUGAAGAUGAUGUUGCGGAUCAAGAUGAAUGAAUGUUGUGAAGAUGUGUGUUAAACUUUCAAUUGCCAGUCUCUGGCAAGUUUGUGGGUUGGAUUUAUGGAGGCCUAAAUCAAUUCAUAGCUGUAGAAUGUUUUAGGCCCUUAUAUCGUCAAUUAAGAUUGCAUUUUCCUUUUUGGUUCUUAAUUGUGUCAUCUGGAUAAUGGAAUAUGAAGAAUAUCAGUUACAUAUGCUCGUAUAAUUUGUUAUUCUGCAA